UUUUUGAGAAUCAAACCCAUGACCACAGACUUUAUAGUUCUACUGCUGUGUUACAUGGAAAUUAUCUCUAAACAAAGCUAGUAAUAUGUGACUGAUUAUAAAGAACAUCCUUUAUAUGGGUACCACAUUGCAAAUUAAUUUAUAGUCAUUUAAAAAUGUACUCAUAUAUAACAAGAACACAUUUUUUGAAGAUGAUAUAAGCAAAUUAUCUGGUAAACAUAUCACUGAUAUUUUUCCACAAAUACUAAACAGUAGAUAGCCCGAAAAUGGUGUCGGAGAAUUCCACGUUUUCCUAUAGCAGUGCGCUCUAGAUCUGGCCCCACACCAGACAUCUAUAUGUCAAAAUGUCGAAGUCUGGUGUAUACGUAAGGGCCAGAGAAAACUCAGGCUAACUGAAAAGUAGCAAUAUCACACAACUUACCUAUAUUAUAUAUAAAUAGUCAGCUCUCAAAACUGGGCAUAUACAUGUGACGAAUCGUUCAAUCAUUUAUCUAUAGCUUGUCAUUGCAGCAAGAGUUUCCUCUGGCCCUGACACCAGACUUAUAUUUAGAUAGAUGUUUGUUGUGAGGCCCGGCCCCCACACCAAACGUCUAUAGCUAUCUGUCAAAAUGUCUAAGUCUGGUGUCAGGGCCAGGGGAAACUUGGGCUAUUGUCAUUAUAGAAUAAAGGGAGCGAUAACUAACUUACUGUCAAUGUAAAAAUAAAUGCUUUACAUGGUUAGUAAACAAUGUGGAUAAUGGGGUUUUUAUCAUUUCACUUUGAUCUAUUUAUUCGGCAAAUUCUACCUUAAGGGCACUGAAACUGGUCACACAACGCUCGUGAAUACUGGUCGGAUUACACGUGCACCCAUGAUUAUAUCAUAGGUGUAUUGACAGACGAGGCUAGUACCUGUGGUCGGAUCAAGCUAAAAAGCUGUCUAGUCCACAGCGUUAAAUCGCAAAUUUUGAAUUUCCGGAUCGAGUAAUCUACUUUACAAUAGUGUUAAGUUAAAUCUACUGAUCAUCACGGAGCUGACAGCCCAAUGACAGUGACGAAUACACUCAUCUGAUGAGCCAACUCCAUAACGGGAAGAAGAAGAAGAAGAAGAAUAGAUGAUGCAGACUGCGCUAGGCCUACUGCACAGUCGAUGAGCUUCAGCAAAGUUAGAUUAUACGAACAUGACGAACAACUCACGAACUCAUAUUGCUCAUUAUUGGAAGGCAUGAUACACCUACACACACAUGGACGAGUUACCAAAACAGGUUAAAAAUUACAGCUAUGGUGAUUGUACAGAGUACAGACGCUAGAUAAUAAUAAGUAUCGUGGAUAAGCCGUGCAAACCAGGAGGUCUUAAACAUUGCAAGACCUGACCAUUAAGCCCAGGUGUAAAAAUGCCAGGGUUGAGCCAGAGAAAAAAACAGUUGAUCCGAACAUUCCAUUUUGAGGCCAGGCGACUUCUAUCCGAGUCGGAACGGAGAACUCUUUUCCACGCGUUAAAAGAGUUCCAGAGAUAUCGCCAGGUUGAUAAAUUGGUGUUUGAGCUUAGGGAAUUACUUCACUCUCCAGAAAAGCUGGAUCUAUUGCGACACAUCCGGGAUUUAAUUCCUCGUGCUCACGUGAAGGAGUUUGAUGGAUAUUUCCGACAGUCUUCCAGACAAGCACUGAGUCCAACGACUCAACGCCGAAGACAAAACGGCCACCAUUCUCCCGAGAUCUUCAUCCGACCUAACCCUCAUGAACGCGUGUUUGACUCGAUGCCGCGUGGCGAGGCUGUGGUGGUUACCAUACAGAAGGUGUCACAGGACGGGAAUCUGGGCUUCAGUGUGAGGGGUGGGGCUGAGCAUGGACUAGGGGUUUAUGUCAGUGAGAUAGAGGAGGGAAGCCUGGCAGAUUUGGCUGGACUAGAACUUGGGGAUAAACUUCUGGAAGUUAACAACAUCAGUGUGGAAGAAGUGACCAGCAGUGGAGUGGUCAAGGUGCUAACGGGCAGUAACAAACUAAAGCUGGUGGUAGAACGGACUGGCCAGCUUCCUGAGUGGAGACUGUCCAGAGAGAAAGUGACCUGGUAUAAUAGCCACACCCGGCUCCUCAUGGAGGGGGAGUAUGAGGAUGGGGGAGGCAGUGCCUUUAUAAGGGGACUGGACGCUGAGUUCCCGGAGAGAAGGCUAACACUGUCUAUCUCAGAUCGACAUAAAGAGCUGGGCUUCAACAUCCGCGGAGGCAUCGAGUACGGUAUUGGAAUAUACAUCUCAAAGGUGGACAAAGGCAGUACUGCGGAGAGACACGGGGUUAGAGUUGGUGAUCAGAUUCUGGAGGUGAAUGGAAUCUCAUUCAGCGGUAUAUCUCAUCCUAAUGCUGUUGAAGUGUUAAGGAGUGAGACUCAUCUCAUUCUCACGCUAAGGGAUAUGGGGCGGUACCCAGCUUACAAGGAACUCUAUGCGGAGUAUUCCUGGAACUCUCAGAACACAACCAUGUCAUCCACCAGAACAGGACAACCGAAGAUAAAACAGACAAAACUGCGCGACAUGUGUCUAGACAAGGGUUCACAGAGAAAUCGAGGUCUUCACCUUCGUAUGCCCAUCCAGUCUGGGAUUUACACAAGCCAUCGGGAGUCUAACGAACUCCCUCUUCAAUCUGAGAUUUAUUUGCCACAUGUACAGAGAAAUGACACCGCGAAGAGUAACAGUUGGACUUAUGGUCCAAUUCAAAUUGAAAACUGGCCUGGAGCUUCAGGAUCGAAAGGUUCAAAGGUUACUGGGUCAGUUAACCCCGCCUACCUUCCAAGUGAGUCGGAAUUAGAUACGAUCAGCAUUAGUUCUGAAGAUACCGACGACUCGUCAGGUGUCCGUGGUGAAUAUGACAUCACUAUGGACGACAUCAUUGCUAGGGGUGGUGACCUUGCGGAGGAUAGUCUUGACAUGGGAGAUAACCCAGCGGUGAGUGGUAGUGUUGAACUUGUCGACCUCCAACCUCAAGACAUGGAGUCACUCAGUGACCUUGAAAUAUCAGACAAUAGUGUUAGUGAUGAGGACCACGACCAAGCUGUCCUUGUUCUCCAGCCAGCUAGCCACACUUCGGACACCAGCAGCGUCCAUAGUGAUGGUAAUGUCCCUAGCCAUAGUGAUGAGAGAAUGGAGCAGACUGAAGUGAGGCAAGUCCACUACGAGUUUGCUCCCGUGACAAAUUCCAUGGAUAUUGAUUUUAUUCGCUCUACCCAACAAAGCGUUGGCUCCGAAAAUGUCACCACUAAUUGCAACUUAAAUACUGUCGGUAAAAACGCGGCAACGGAGGAAAGUAAGACGAGAACGAAAACAGUUACAUAUAUGGAGUCUUCAGUUUCUGACAUUCCGCAGCAGUGGGAUACAGAUAGUGAGGGUGGAUCCGGAGGAGUCCAGAGGCAGGAUGAGGGGGACACAGAGGGGUGGGGAACAGAAGACGGUAGAUCAGAGAAGGCAGUUACCGACCCAUACGAGGUCAGUUUGGAGGAUGAUGAAGAUAUGAUUUGUGUGAUGCAGAACUUUGAUGAUCAGAUCAGGGAUUUAGAGCGGCGGCAGUCAAAUCUCGGCUUCAUCGAGAUGUCGUCGCUAUCAUCAGAAGACCGGCCAGAUUCAAGUCAUCCAGACAGCUUUCUAGAUGUGCCAGGAAGAAAGGAGGACAGCAUUAUCAGUGGGAAAUGGAAAGCCAUCAAGGAGAAACUGAAGGGCAGUUUGCGCCUUACAAAACCUGACAAAAACAGCUAUGUGAAGGAAAUGGAGAGAAAAGACAAUUUGGACCCAAGGGGAGAAUACUACGGCAGCAUGAAGCUUCACAAGAAUUCAAUUAACAAACACAACAUGGUGGUCCUGAAAGAGGAAUCCAGAAAAUUACUUAGUUCAGAUGAAUACUCAGCUGCUGUGAGACAUGUGGAAACUUAUCACAGUUCGCGUGACCUUGACCGCAUGAUUCAGGCAAUUCUGCCCAUCCUAGAUAAGCCAGAGAAAAUGCUGCUCUUACGAGACAUCAGAGGUGUGUUGUAUGCGACCGAUUUGAGCCGAUUUGAUCAGCGAGUUCACCUUAUUGAGAUGGAUGCAUAUGAAAAGCUAUCAACUAAGCUCCACCUACAGUUAAAUCAUGUUAACAAGGGGAGGAAACCCAAGAAACAUCUGUUGAUGACAGAAAUAGACUCGACAUCAUCGCCCGAACCUGCCAAUGUUCCUACAGACGAGAGCGGCCAUUUCUACAUCAAGCCCGUUGAACAACAUGAACAAGAACAGAGAAUAAAACAACACGUGGUAGAUGUGAUGUCAGGCAAACUCCCCGGGACACCGCUUAAUACACCCUCGGGGAUGGAAAUGGAUUUUACUCCGUGGGAUCAGGUGACGACCCUCAUCUCCAAAGAUAGACCGACUCUUGGACUUUGUGUGUCCGGAGGCAGUAACAGUAAGCGACAGCCAGAGGUUCAGGUGGACAAAGUGCUGGAGAACGGAGCAGCAGCCACUUCCCAUCUUAUAAAGCCGGGGAUGACCAUUCUGGCUGUAGAUGAUCGGUCAUUUGUGGGAGUGUCACACAUGGAGGCGGUCAGCAUACUGAAGACGACUUUUAAUGACCGGUCAAAAUCCACCAUGGAGAUCAAACUUCAACAUAACUGACCAGUCAAAGCCAAGAAAGCUGCCAAUGAGAUUGCACGUCAUCAUGACUACUUCCUGAUCAAAGACGCCAUAUAGGGAUUCCUUUGAUCGUCAUUUCAACAUCAUUUAUCAUACCUAUUUUUAUUACUAGUCUUAUUUAUAAUUGCUCAAGUCUAGAGACUGUCUCAUGAUAAGUCAGUGUUAGAAUACAAUCGUCCUCAUUAAUCCAGCCACUGUUCUGGUUGGGGGUGGACUGUUCCAUUCACAACCUAUCCACAUAUUUGGGAACAAGGGUCGACUGUACAUCGGACUGUCCCAUGCUUUGUUCACCUUACAAAGACGGUACACGUAUCGCCACAUCUAUAUGAAUGAGAUCGUGUUCUCAGCUGUGACAAACAGGCAGUAUUACAGCCCUUUAGGCAGUAACUUUUUGAAAUAUUUUCCUCACAGACAGGACUGAUACGCAACAGCGUGCCUCAACAAUGUUUUCAAAAUCGAGAGUAAACAUCUAUAUUUCCUACUAAAUUACACAGUAAAACACAGUAUUGCCUGAAUACUCUUAAAUCAGGUCGUCACUGUAAACUUUUUAUACUUCAUGUAUUUAACCGGUGUAAUUCUCAAACAAGCAUAAACACAGAGCUCACGGGGCUUAUAUCUUUCAUAUGUACAAAGGUGAGCACAAAUAUUAUUUAUUUCCCAUCUUAAUGACAUGAAACACGCUUACAGCUCGUGUCGCCUAAAACGGCAUCAUAUAGGUACCACACUGCAAUCACAGCUGUCAGUGUCUGCUCCGUCAUCGGCAUACAAGUUUGAUUCUAGACCAUAUUUUGAAUUAUUAAACUGACUAAAUACGCUUUAUACUCGGGUUCCUAGCUUAAGUUGGUGUUCGCCCAAAUUCACAGAUAGUUUAUGAUGUUGGUACAAUCUGAUGUGAUCUAGUCAAUUUCAUUCUUCCCUCCUGGGUAUACUUCAAUCAGUCAUCAGGCCGUCUAAGAUGGCGACAUGCCCUCUUCUGUGUUGUUUUGAAAAGGCACUCCAUAAUCAUCCUAAACCACAUUUGCAUAAGUACAUUGUCUUGUAUACGUAUUCAUGUGAUUGUUUCUGAAUCCUCUACUCAUAGAGCUAGACUACAAAAAGCAUACAAAAAAUAUGUGAAUGAGGAUGAAACGAUCGACUGCAUAAUUUUGCCUUUUUUAAUCCAAAUUGUCUAUUUAGACAAGUGACAUUGUAUCUUUCCUUCGUCACAGUACAGGAGAAUAAAAUUAUUUGAAAUGCUAA